AUGGAGGUUUUGGGGCUGGAGCCGCCGGAAGGGCCCCCCCAGUCGCAGCCAGCCCCGCAGCCCAUCCGCUUCGGAAUCGAGCAGAUCCUGGGCGCUGGGCAGCCGCCCCCGCUCCACCCGGCCCCGGCCCCGGCCCCUUGCCUGGCUGCGCUGGGCGAGCCGCGAGGGGAAGCGGCGGACGGGGCUCUUUACGGCAGCGGCUACGGGGCAGACUACAGCCCGGCCUGCCCGCUGGGGGGCUGCGGCCUCCCCGGAACCCCUGGCGGCUGCGGAGGGGUGAUCCGAGUCCCCGCCCACCGGCCCCUGGCCCCCGCUGCCCUGCAGCCCUCGCCCCCGGGGGGGACCGGCCUCACCUUCCCCUGGAUGGAGAGCGCCCGGAGGCUGGCCAAGGAGCGCCUGGCAGCCGCGCUGCCCUCGUUGGCCGGGGCCCGGCGGGUCGGCCACCCCUACCAGAACCGCACGCCGCCCAAGCGCAAGAAGCCGCGCACGUCCUUCUCGCGAGCGCAGAUCUGCGAGCUGGAGAAGCGCUUCCACCGGCAGAAGUACCUGGCCUCCGCCGAGAGGGCCGCCCUGGCCAAGGCCCUGCACAUGACCGACGCCCAGGUCAAGACCUGGUUCCAGAACCGCCGCACCAAGUGGAGGCGGCAGACGGCGGAGGAGCGCGAAGCCGAGCGCCAGCAGGCCAGCCGCCUGAUGCUGCACCUCGAGCAAGAGGCCUUCCCGAAGAGCCUGGGCGCCUCGCCGCUGCCACCCGACCCCCUGUGCCGCCACAACGCCUCCCUGGCCGCCCUGCAGAACCUGCAGCCCUGGGCCCGCACCCACCACAUCACCUCCGUCUCCGGGGCGGCCGCCGCCCUGGUGUGA